AUGAGUGUAAAUAACUUUGAAACACCCAAAAACUUGCUGCUGCAUUACUUAAUUGGAAUGCAGUCUGAGGUGAGACCUAUUACACCACAAUGUACUGUGCCGAAAUCCGUGCCAGUGGGGAAGACUGCAGUUUUGACAUGUAAUGAGAAUGAAGGCUAUCCACCAUCCAAAUAUAUUUGGUACAGAAAUGGUGACCCUGUUCCAGAUGAUCCAAAAUCCAAUUCAAAGUUUCAUAAUUCUUCAUAUAAAAUAGACUCCAAUGCAGGAACUCUGCGCUUCACUGUCAUCUCAAAACUGGAUAUUGGAGAAUACCAUUGUGUUGCGGAAAAUGUUGUUGGAAAUGCAAAGUGUGAACCUCAGCGCAUGGAAGUUUAUGAUAUUAAUGUCGCUGCGAUAAUUGGUGGUGUUUUAGUUGUAGUUCUUGUUCUACUAUUUAUAACCAUCGUCAUCAGAUUUGCAUAUAAACGAGGAUACUUCACAAAGAAACAAUCUGAAAAGGGGUAAGUUACUAAUUCUGGCAAUCUAUUUUUAACUCAAUUAAUAGCUAUAUACCUAAAUGUAGUUUAGUCUUAACAUUCAAGGGUAACUUGUAGAGCAAUGGGUUGGCAAUAGCUGUAACCAUAACGAUACAACACAGGCCAUCUUUUAACCUUGAUUCACAGAUAGUAGAAACUGCCGAUGCUGGAGAAUCUGAGAUAACA